AUGGAUUCUGCCGUUGACGAAGAGGAAAACCGAGAGGACAAGAACGAGCAACAUGAUUGGAAAGACAUUGAAGAGGAUGAGGAUGAUAUCCAGAACUGUGGAGAAGAACGAGAGGUCUCCGCACUUGCGAUCAUCGUUCCAUCCCAGAUGGUCAGAGAGAUCCCAAAAACCACCAUCGACAAAGAAACCGGGAGGAUAUUCAAUCAUAUGCCCUUUGCAGAAAAGCUGAGGAUCCUCUGCGGCUCUGGCUUUUGCGGUCACGAUAUGGAUUUCUGUGAUUGGCUUCGUCCUGUGGGUAAUGGCUCAGGCGUCCGAGAAUAUUACAGUGACGGUGGUCUUCGAAAUAUGAGCAGGGGAGAGCAAGCAUAA